GAUAUUCAAGAUCGUUUGCGUCUGGAAGUACAGCAACAUCUUGCCGACGGAAACAGUGAGAUUUCUUAUGAGUUGCUAUCCAAGAUGACUUAUAUGGAUAUGGUGAUUUCAGAGGCUCUCAGAAAAUAUCCACCACAGAUUUUCUUAGAUAGACUUUGUGCUAAGAAAUACGAACUGUCUCCUGCGCAACCAGGUUGCAAGAAUGUAAUUGUCGAACCUAACAAUGUAGUGCUGUUUCCUGUUUAUGGUAUACAUCACGAUCCGAAGUAUUUUCCGAAUCCGGAUAAAUUCGAUCCCGAAAGAUUCAGCGAAGAAAACAAAGAUAAUAUAUUACCCUACACUUAUCUACCAUUCG